CACGCAGGCAUUAGCUCACUGGUUACAGCACACAGACCUAUUAGAUCUUCUGCUUCGUUUGGUAAAUCAUUGCCCAAGCUAUACCUUCAUUUAUGGCACAGUCAAAAGGAUGCGAGAGGGCCAUGUCGAUGAAAGCUAACAAGGAGAACCAGGGCUUCAAGCUUCUGGAGGAAGACUGUCUCGACGACCGACCAUGUGCCGCCGUCAAGAAGUUCGUCGCCUCUGUCCUCGACAAGAAGGACCUCAAGGACCAGGAUGUGGCUGCAAGCUUUCGCAACCUUAUGGAGUACCGAGAGGCCCCACCAUCUCCAACCAUGGGAUCACACUCUGCCAUGGACAGAGAUGGACUGGGGUCACCCAACACACCAGCCUCACCUCCGCCUAUGGGGGCUGCCAGCAGCGGGCACACAGAACGGCUGCCCAACGAGCUGUUGGACGAAAUCUGCGAGGACAUUGGGAUGAAGUCGGGUGAGAUGGAACUGGAUUUUGUGGAGUUUCUGAUGGAGCAGGAUAUGGAUCCUCAGGCCUACAUGACGCCAGAAGCCAUUCUCAACAGUGGUGGAAGUCUGCCCAGCGGAGCAGGCUCAAGUAGUGGUAGCAGUGGAGGGGGCAGUAUUAGUGCUGCUUCAUCAAAUAUUUCAACACCAUCCAACAGCAGUGGAAGUGGUUGUGGUUUUCCUCCUGUGCCAAGCAGUGUAGGCAACACUGGAAGCUCCACAAAUGGAAGGCAGAAUGUGGAUCACGAUUGGCCCCACCACAUGCCCAGUCCAGUGGUUACAGCUGCGCCAGGCACAACCACUGCCCUGUCAAGUGGGUCUAAUAGUCCAGCUACCAAACGAAUCCACUUGUCUACAUCAGAGAACAGUAGCCCCAACAAAGAAAGUACUGGGCAGCAGACAGCUCUAGUUCAGCCGCCUGGGUCAACUUUGUUGCCUCAGCCAUCACAGUCACCCAGAGGGACAGGACAGGUAUUCAAAAUGCCGCAGACUCCACCAACACCACGGCGAUCAUUGUCAUGUCCACAAGGGACACCAGGUUCCAGUGUUAGCAGUAAUGGUGGCAGUGGGAGUGGCAGCUCCUCAGUGGCAAAUGGUCAAGGUUUGCCAUCUAAGAGUGGCAGGAUGUCUCCUAGACCUUUCAGUUCCCAGAGCCAGUUUUCUAAAGAGGCUUCUGAGGCCACAGGUCAUUCCCAGUCUAAUAACAGUAGCUGUGCUGGUAUAAGUAACUUUCUUUUUAAGAACUCUGAGGCCGUGCCGAGGACUCAAUGCUAUUCGCCCAAGCCUGUCCAGUUUAGUUCAUGUGAUCAUGCACGGCGAAGUUCUGAGGGCACCAUGCAGAUUGCUCCUUGCCAGCAGCCACCUCCAGGCAUGCAACAGUAUCACAGCAUGCAUCAUCAGCAGCAUCCCCAUCAGCACAUACCUGGCAAAGACUCUGGAUUUCAGAAGCCUGAAAAACUUGCUCCACCCAACAUAAAUGUGAAAAACUUUCUGCAGCUCAGGUGGGGGAUGCAGGGUGGUCCUGCUCACCCUCAUCACUCAGUUGGGAUGGGAAAGAGUCAGUAUGGGUACCACAUGCAAACACCCCAUCACCAUCCAGGAGGAACAGGCCGGAUGGACUCCCCAUUGGACCAGGGCUACUUCUCCAAUGAGUCUGCAGGAAAUGGCACAUCAAGCUCUGCUCCCUCCCCUGCGCUGACAACAUCCAGCAUGUCCUCAAUGUCUUCACUGUCUUCCAUGACCUCCCUCUCAACCAUGAUGCCAGCUGACCCCAAGGCUUCAAACCAGCCAUCUAUAGGUUCACGCCAAAAGUCUGUGCACUUUGCUGAUCUUCCAGAUGGUAGCCCUCCAGACGCUAUGAGCCAAGGGCAGUCUGCUGCUGGUAUGGACAUUCAAGGGUAUGGUCGAUUCACUAGCAACCAGUCCCCUUCUGAGUGUGCCUUUGAUAUGGACAGCGCCCAGCAGAAAUCUAUGCAGUCCAAAAUUCUUCCCAGACUCAACCACCACGUCAUGAAGCCUGGUGUUGCCCCAUACACUGUGCCCAAUGCUGCUGGUGCCCCUCCGGCUUCCACUGUGGGAAACUAUGACUUUAGCAACCGCUCGUGUUGUGCCUUAAACCAGCAGAACCGUACCAGCCCUGCAGAUAUGUCAGGAAGUGGCGGGAGUGCUGGGUCUAUGCAGCCAUUCGACUUUGCCAACUCUGGGUCUGAUGGGAAAAGUGGAGGUGGUGAUGGUAGUAUGUAUUAUGUGGACAGCAAUCAGAAUAUGAUGAGGAUGGACUCCUCCCCAGGUAUGGACUACCCAACUCACACAAGUGCCUAUGGCAACUGUACUGGCGGGUACAAUCUUCCUGUUAAUCAGAUGAGGGCUAUGCAGCAACAACAACAGCAGCAGCAGCAGCACCACCAGCACCAGCAGAGCAGUGCGAUGGCACCACAUAUAAUGCAUAUGCACCAGCAGCAUCCCCAUCAACAGCAGGCGCCACAGUCAGAGACCUCUUCCCAAGGGUACAACAGUUGCUCCAUGCAGAUGAUGCAGCAGCGCAUGCCAUGCGCAUCGCCUGGGUACACAAACCAACAAGGCAUGCCCAUGCAGAUGAAUGGUGGCAUGGGAAUGAAUAUACCAUCACCUAUGAACAUUCAGCAGCAGGGGAUGGGACCCUCUCCUGCCCAUGAUGGCUUGGGAACCAUGGGACCCCCUCCUGCCCACAGUUUUCAGCCUCAGUCAAUGUCUACUCCAUGCAUGCCUAGGGGUCCCGGACAACCAACAGUAAGGAGUGGCAUGCAAGGUCCCUCAUAUGGCCAAUUGUCUCCAGGAAGUUAUGACUACAGCAUGAAUGACCGGCAGCCCAACAGUAUGGAUGUGCAGAUGUUUACAAGCCAGCAACAGCAACAGCAGCACAUGUCUAACAUGAUGCCUUCACAGAGCUCGGGUUUGUCCUCCAGGGUGGCCUGGUUCUGGGCCUGGCCCGACACCGCCACCCGGCAUGCAAGACAUGCCAGGUUCCCAGCAUCCCAGCUUGGUCAGCAUCCUGGACAGAUGAAACCAACCCACCCCAUGGCACCACAUCAUCAUCACCACCCUCAUCCACCUCAGCAACAACCUCCCCCUCACCACAUGCAAGCCAUGGGAUGGGGCAGCCACCACAGCAGCAACCACAGGUCCCUCCCCACCCCAGUCCCUCCCCACCCAGGUCCUUGUUCUGGUAAUCCCAACUGUGCUGGAUGCAAGGUGCAGGCAGCCAACAGGCAAGGUCCAGCUUCAAAGGCCUUCUCCUCCCAGCAGAAGUUCAUCCAAAACCUUAUCAUGGAUGAGUCAAACUCUGCCUAUCGUUCUCACCCCCUCUAUCCUCUGCUUCGUGAUUUGGUGAUUGCUGGCAUGAACUUUGACGACCCCAAGUUCCACUAUCAGCAGCUGCUUAGUUUACUACCCCACGACUUUGAGAAGCUCCUUCAGAACUUCUUGCAUCGCAACCCACCAUCUGGCAACUACCAGAGCAACUAUUCAGUGGAAAGUGUACUCAUGGACAGCCUUAGACUUGCACAUAGCUACCUCGUUGAGAAAAUCCGUGCAAGACAAGAGCAAGAGAAAAUGAAAGCAUUGACAUCCACCUCUAUACGCUCCAUGGAGGAAUUCUGUGAGAAGUUUGACCAUGCACAAAUGGUGGGGAUUGGCCAGCCUACAGGCAUGAAUGGAUGCAGCCCUUUGCUAAUGGCAGGCGGAGGACAGAUGGGGGACAUGGGUAUACCAGCUCCACUUCAUAUCAUGACUACCAUGGGCCCUCCCACUAAGGUCAUGGUGUCAUUGGGUCAAGGGAGUUUUGUAUCACCAGGAAUGGCUGGUGCUGUGGCCUUCCGACAAAUGAAAGAUGGCCCAGACAUGCUUGGAGAAGGGUCAAGUGUGGUGGGAAGCACUGGACAGAAGACAGAGUCAAAGAAGCACCCUAGCCUUCCUAAAGAGGCGGUGUCUUUAAUGAUGGAGUGGCUGAGGGGACAUAAGGAUAACCCAUAUCCUAAUGACGACGAGAAAGCCAUGCUGAUCAAACAGACAGGGUUGACCAUAAAUCAGAUUAACUAUUGGUUCACCAAUGCACGACGACGCAUUCUACCGAAGUGGGCACAGUGCAAGUGACCUUCCCUUAUGUGCUGACUGUAGCCACAAACAUUUCUGAAGGCCAGACAUCAAAUGUGCUCCCUUUUACCCCUUGUGCUGUGUAUGUGUGUGAGACUGUGAGUGAGUGUGUGUGAGAGAGAGAGAAAGGCGAAUCCCUAUCUCCCUGUCUCCCAAGAGACAGAAAACUUCUUGAGCUUCGUAAUAGAACAGCCUCGUCUUAUCUCCUCAGUCAUGAAAUAUGUGAGAUAAUGGUUGUGGUUCUUUCAGGUUUUACCAAUCUUAUGACUGCUUUGUUUAGCGUAAUACCUCUGUUAUGUCAGUGACAAAAUACACAUAAAAGCUGCUGUUUGUUUCAUGAGGUCAAGUUGAACUUGACCCUAAAAUGAGUCUGGCUUUAGUAAGGCAAACAGUCAGUGGAAUGUGAAGCCAUUUCAGCUGUUGUGAAUUGCUGCAACAAAACCCCACCUUUCUCAACCCCCUUACAAAUAUGGCAAAGUACUUAACACAGGACUUGAUAGAGGCAUUAUGUUGCUGGUGAUAAAAUCAGAACUUACACACAAAUUUGGAGUAGGUCUUAAUAUCUUGAGGUCUGUUCAUGGUCAUAACACAUUAUUUAAGUUUACCCAUCCGUUUUUUUUUAUGUAAGAGAAGAAAAAGAAAAGUUGAACUAAGUGUAUCUUUCAUUUGUCUUGUUUUCUGACAAAGAAUUGCUUGUGUGAAAGGCCUUUUGGCUAUUGGUUGUGUUAAUUAGGAAAAAAGACACAUUAAUGCAUUCAAACACAAUUCUUUCACUGGUUAUACAGAGGACUUAACUAUUUUGAUCGCAUUCUGAUGAGAGGGAGGCAUAACAACGUUUGUUUACUGUCAUAUCAGCAGUGUGAAAGGAUAUUUAGAUUAGAAGUGAUUAAAAAAUUGGAUUUAUUCACUCAACAAAAUCUUGCCUACUCACCUCAGUAAGUUUAAAGAAAGGAUGACAAGUUUUUUUGACAGAAACUGUUGAGUGUGUGCAAGAUGUGUUUUGAUAAAUUGUCAUAUCUGCAGCAAGAAAGUUUUUUUUCCAGGAAACUUGCCUUUCUCACUCACAAGUGGUUUUCUGCUAAAUUUUUUGCAGUCUUGUUACACAUCCACACGGUGAAAAUGAGUGUUGCUGGUGUCUGUUUUUCUGUCCAUUAUAGCGUCUUCACACUCUCCCGUUAUGCAACCAGCUUUUGCUGUUAGAUGGCGCUGACAGAUUGUUUUUAACUGGGCUGCCUUAGGAGGUAGAUAUGAAAUGUGUCAACUGUACUGCCUGUUUUUAAUCAAUGCAUGGAGUGUCUGCUUAUGGCUAGAUGGCUUUUAUAGUGAUAUACUGCACAAAAUAUAUUUCCUGUUUUGUUUUUAGAUGUGGAGGAUGAGCUGUUGGAUCGGUUUUAAUUUUAUGCAGCAUUUGUUGCUAGUGAUGUCUCUUUUAUGUGUCUCAUGAAUUAUGCAGUUCCUUUCAAGGGAAAGAUAAUGAGUAUGCAUGUGAGUGUAUGUGGGUGUGCAAACAUUCAUGGUCAUAUUUUGAAAUAAGUUGCAGCAGGCAUGUAUGUGUGGAGUGAGAGACAGAAGGGGAAGGAUUUUGAUAAGUGGUCAGCACAAGCAGACACAUAUGAUACGUGUGCCUUUGAAACAAAAGCUAAGAGUUGUAUUCACAUUACUUAUCAGAUUCUCCAAGGAUAGAGUGGGAUGAUGUAGAAAUAGACAAGUAGUUUAACACACGAAGGCAUUAUCUUAUUGUCUCAGUUCCUAUAGCUGUACUAAAAGUUAAAGUGUUGGAACACUGUGAUUGAUUGAUUGUUGGUGUUUUAGGUUGAGUCAGGAAAUCACAGUAAGGUUGAACACUAAAUCUCUCUGUCUUCUGUGUACUACUACAUCAUCAUCAUCAUUACCACCUCCUCCUCCUUCUUCUCUUCUCUACCACAUACAAUUUGUAUGAACUUCUUUGUUUUGCCCUAUAAAAUAACUUGCAUCACAAGCUCGCCUCAAGAGGUCUGGCUUUGUAAACAUUUAUGGGACAUAAGUGGCUGCUUUUGUCUCGCUUACUUUCUUGGUCAAAUAAGGAAAGGGAUUCCCAAAGAGAAAAAAAAAAUCUGUUAAGUGUUUCCGUCCAUAAAGCUUUUCCUUUGAGGACUCUAAGUGGAACUUAAAGCCACAAGAGGUGGGGAUGGACUAGACCUCUUGAUGUGAGAGGCAAGGAGAAACUGAAGAGAGAGAGACAAAAUUCAGUUACUUUUGUUCAAAACCACAGAGCUUGUGUUUUGUCUUCACUGACAUUGUUGCAGUUGCUACCAUCAUAAAUCUCUUUUAAAGAGGUCAGCUCACAAGUCAACUUGAUUCUCAAGAGGUCACUUGUUUAAAGUUGUUGUAAGCGUAGAGUUUUGUUUGGAGUCAUGGUGAGCCAAAACGUUUAACUUAGUGUCUGCACCAUAGAGUUAUUACUGUAACAGAUCAGAGCUGAGUUAGAUUUUCACUCGAGGAAAGUGGAUUCUUAAGUCUUAUAGUUAGCAUAAUGCUGGUAUUCUUCGAAACUCACUAGGUGGUGUUUUUAAGGGCAGGAAAAUGUCAUGCAAUAAUUAUAGAUGUUGUCGUUUUGGUGAUUUUUUAUAACGUUGCUAUGCAUUGUUUCAUCCUACCAAUGGUAUAUGCGAUGACUUGCCACUUUCCUUUUAUCAUCAUCGUGUUCAUUGAUGUUGCAUAAAGCAGGCAGCAACAAAGCUUUCUGCCAUAGACUUCAAUGUGAACAUGCAUGAACAUGAACCCAUGAACACCUCUUUCGCACACAUUAUUUUCCAAAUUCUUGCUCUUUUCUCAGUUUCAAUCUUAGUUCUUGAAACACCUUUCAUUUUGUCAAAGGCAUUUACAUUUGUGGAAACAAAAUUGAUCAUGGUGUACUUCUGUGUGCUUGUUACAAGCAAAGUGUUAGGAAAUGCACAGAUUAUGUAAUAUUAUUAACUGUUUGUUGAUCUAUGUUUGAUGUAUCAUCUGUCAAAUUGCAAACAGGGCUGUCCUUGUUUAAAUGCUGCUGUAGAAUAGGAUGACUGAAACAAGUACAGUCAAGUGCCUUAUUGAAUGAAAUUUUUCUUCUGUUAUAUUGUUACCACUGCACCUUUCCUAGUUAUGUGCUUGAUCUCUUUCUUGUCUUUAUUUAUUGAAGUACAUACCAAACUUCCAGCUGCUGUCAUCCUUGCACUGAUUAUGGAAAAUACGUGGGAAAUUUUAAAAUAACAGGCAAUGUUCUUACUCAUUAUAGCCAUGAAAAUCUUGUGUGUUGAGUGUAACUUUCCAACGAAGCAUUGGAAAAUUGGAAUAUUUUAUAUUGAUAGGGUUUUGUUUUUAUAUAGCAUUGCCAAUGGCAACCUUUAAAAAUUCGGAUUGUAGAUUUUUAAUUGCAUAUUGUAUAGAAAGAGUGAAACUGUAAGAUAUAAGAUCUGUCAAUGAAUUCGCCUGUGUGCUAUCUUCUAUGGCUGAUUCGCCAUUAGCUAUCAAUCUUCCGUUUGUUGUUUGAUGGAUAAAUUAUGCACUUCUUUCAAACCAUCUGGCCAUAGAGUGAAUGGUUUCUGUAUUAUUAAGGAAGUGCUGCUUAAUUGGGCUUUUUUUUAGUAUUCAUUUCGUUUAGAGACUCCCAGUUUUACUUCUGAAUGUUGGCUUUUUAAAAGCAGGCAAAAAUUGUGUUUUGAAGACUGUCAUAAAUUAAAAAUUUCAAAGCAUAGGUGUGUUUAGGUGCAUGUGAAAGGCAUUUUGGUUGGGUAUGGAAAUUGUGCAUCACAUCUUGUUAUCCCAGGUCCAAAUUUUCUGGUUUAAAAAUAUGGUUUCUUAGCUGGCUGCAGUUCCAAAUGACAGAACCUACUUGCAUCUGAAGUGAAGCAUUGUGUGAUCUUUGACAGAAUUUUACCAACUAUACAUAACUAAUGCAGUAAGGCUGUACAAUUACUGUAUCUGUAAUUACACCUGAGUUUUGUACUAGUCACAUUGAAGAGAUGACAUGCAUGCAUCAUCUACUAAAACUUAGGAUGUGUGCAUGCACGCUCUUAAGUGUACUUCUUCAGAAUGCACAAAUCACUUGUCACCUGAACUUAAUAUUUAUCAGCAAAUGCCAUACAGUUGUCUCUAGAAUUUUUUUGUAAGCUAAAGCCAUAUGGAUUUUUCCAGUUAACAAUAAGAGAAAGAGGCAGUGGAAGGUUAAUCUUGUUGCUGAGAAGAUUCUUGACUGGUGCUUAAGAUACCUGUAAUCAAAAUUUGCCAUCAAAGUAUUGAAUGAUACUUACCAUGGAACAAUUUUUUUUAUUUCCUGGAGAACAUCUUCCUCUCUUGAAUGAAUUUAGAUGUCCUUGCACAACUUUCUACAUUUUUGAGAGACAAGCCAUUCAAUCAAAAAAAAAGAAGUAGUGACAAUUAUGGCAAUCACUCUUUGCCAAUAUUAAAAUGGUUAAUAUUUGUUCUUUCAUGAAAUGAAUUUGCAUUUUCUUCCAUAUAUUUGAAUAUGACUGCGCUUCAGUCAUGUCAUGGAGAAGAAUAGGCAACAGGGCAUUUGAUGAGGAAUUUUGUACCACUCAGUAUUUAAACUUUUUUGGUCAGUGUUUUUGUUAUUUGUUUAAGUAGAAGAGAGGUUGUAAAGAAAUAAACAGGGUAGGAUAACAGGGCCUAUUUUCUUUUGUACCUGAACUUCAGAAACAAGUGUUCAAGUUUUCCAAAAUAAUUUAAUUACAUUCAGGGUUUGAAGCGACAAAAGAAAAUGUAUAUUUUCCUUACUGAGACAAAAUACUAAAACCUGUAUCUAUUGUUGAGUGAAAAAAGUUUGCAUUUCUUAAAACUUAAAUUAAUGCUGUUAAAAUUUUAAAGAAGCUCAGAAGAGGGUCUGUACAAAGACUGUAAUCUUUUUUUUUUUUUCAAUGACAGGAAUGACACUAGCAGCAUGAACCCUGCAUCUUGUUAAUGUUGGUAACUUUCAGUGCAACUGCAGCCAACAUCCGCCUUUCACAGAAACCUUUGCAUGACUUAGUGUAUGUGUUGUGUGUUUUAUGAAAUAUUAUUUAUUGCUGUAGGAGAAUCAGUCUUUUAUUGGAUAUUUGUUUUUAGUCCCAUUUCAGUUACAAACAGAUCUACUUAAACAGCUAAUGAAAAUAAUCCAACUUUGCCACAUGGGGGUUAGAUUUUGACACUUGUUUGAGGUGUUGCCAUUGUGUUCUUGACUAUUAUGUUCUGGGAAUUUUGUGUUGUUCUUGAACAUUAUUUCUGGACCACAUCAGUUUAGUCUUUGUGACACUUAUACAAUUUAUGCAUUUGAGAAAGAGAAUUUCACAUUAGGUUUUUAUUGAUUUGUGAGCAGGUCUGAAAUUUUGUUUGCUUUGGUGUGGUGGUUAUAGAAAGGGUUUGUGUUUGAAUGAGCUAAUGUGGGUGAAUGCUAUUCUUGCUUUACAAAAGCAUUUAAAACACAGCAGGUGGGUACCUGUUCUUCCUGGCAGUGGAAGUUCUGAAUGUUCAGGGCGAUUUUGGAGUUAUACUUGCAUGUGAUGUGCAUAGGAUGUAGCAAGAUUACCACCAUUCAUGUGGUUUACCUCUGUCACUGCUGUAGUUGUAGCUUGUUGACAGUGUAGAAAUGUUUGUAUAUAGCAAGGAGACACCACAAUAACUUUGUUAUUUUUUGCAUUUUAUAGAACAUUAUACACAACAAGUUUUUAUUACAUAUACAUAGUUUGGCUGCUUUGUUUGGUUUGUUGUGAUUGUGAUUGCUGUGUUUAUUAAGCGCAUCCUCUCCCACUGUAAUGCUAAACUGGAAAAGAGUUUAGUUGGAUGCUGUGAGGAUAUGAUUCAGAUUCUGAGAGUGGUAAGCACUUAUAAAAUUUAUUCAGGAGCUGUGAGCAGGUAACAUUUGUCUCUAGAUGGUCAGCUCAUGGUACCUGUUUCUUUUUGAGGAAAGUUGCUUGUUUAAAACAGCAGUCUAAGUAAAAAUGAAAUGGAAGAAGUGUAUUUAAAAUAUGAAAUAUAAUUUGUGUUGUGUUGAUCUUAGUUUUUGAAUUUAGUGUUGAUGGAGGAUUAUUAGUAAUGUUGGUAGAGGGGGCGACUUGAAAAUUAUGUGGACAAGAACAAAAUGAGCCAAUUUUAAUAAUCAACAACAAAAAAAAACCACCAACUUUAAAUUGCAUGAGAGGUUCAUAUCAUUGCAGCAUCACUGAUAAGGCAGUUUAUAUCAUUGUUGCAAGUUUUAAGAGCUUUCAUUAAGACGGAUCUGAUGAAAUAAAAGAAUUUUUAUCA